GAGCACCUCACACACAAGUCAGGCUCUUCUUCAGCCAAAUGUAAUUUAGUGAGACACUCUGGUGAGUAUUUGGCAUCUUUGACAAGACCUGAAAUGGACGAGAGGACUCCACUGCUGGAAAGACCCACGGACUUACAUUCCCAGGUGAGGAACUCGAAACUCUACCUUGCGGUGAUGGCGGCGGUCUUGGGGAACUUUGUCUUCGGUUACUCCAUGGUCUACCCCUCAGCCGUGCUGCCUCAGCUCCAAAAACCAGACGUCGACCCUCGACUGAGGAUGAACAAGUCCCAGACCGCCUUGUUUGGCUCCAUUUUCACGCUGGGGGCCGCGGCCGGUGGGCUCGGGGCAAUGGUGCUCAAUGACUUGAUUGGACGGAAGCUGAGCAUCAUGUCGUCUGCAGUGCCAUCGAGUGUUGGUUUCAUGCUGCUGGUUGGAGCUACGGACCUGUGGAUGCUUCAUCUGGGCCGAUUCCUUACUGGUAUUGCUGGAGGGAUAACAGCAGCAUCAAUACCUGUUUACAUCUCUGAGAUCUCCCACAAAAAAGUGAGAGGCACCUUAGGUUCCUGCCCUCAGAUCACUGCUGUUCUGGGAGCUCUGGUCCUCUAUGCUCUUGGUCUGGUGCUGCCGUGGCGAUGGUUGGCAUUGGCAGGAGAAGUACCGGUUUUGCUGAUGGUGGUUCUGCUGAUGUUCAUGCCCAGCUCUCCCAGGAGGCUUCUGUCUCUCCACAAAGACCAGGAAGCAGAGCGAGCACUUUGCUGGCUGAGAGGGGAUCGAUAUGACACUAAUGAAGAGCUGUACAGCAUCAAGGAGAGCAUCAGCACGCAAACACGGGUCACCCUGGCCCAGCUCCUCACACCCACCUUCUACAGGCCAAUCCUCAUCUCAGUAGGGAUGCGUUUCCUGCAGCAGAUGACCGGCAUCACCCCUAUCUUGGUCUACCUGGAGCCCAUCUUUGCACAAAGUCAGGUUUCUUUGGAGGCCAAGUACGAUGCUGUCAUCGUCGGAGUGGUCCGCCUCUUUUCUGUGAUCCUGGCUGCCUUUUUGAUGGACAAAGCUGGACGAAAAGCUCUGCUCUACACGUCGAGUAUGCUCAUGUUCCUGGCCUCUCUCACCCUGACAGUCACCUCCCACAAUCCGUGCCCCACAAACGGCACCAUGCCGGUGGACUACCACAGCACCCUCCUAACCGGAAUGGGUGCUGACCAACAAACGGGAAGUCCCAUUCCAAUAAUAAGCACAGUGGUGUUUAUAUUUGGUUACGCAAUGGGAUGGGGACCGAUCACAUGGCUGCUGAUGUCAGAGGUGCUCCCACUGGCUGCCAGGGGUGUGGCCUCAGGCAUUUGUGUGACGGUCAGCUGGUUGACAGCUUUCUGUCUGACCCAGGCCUUCACCUACGUGGUGUCGGCGUACGGACUGGUCGUGCCAUACUUCGCCUUCACUGUUGUAUGUGUGCUCUGUCUGCUGUUCAAUGCGGUGUGCAUCCCAGAAACACGAGGCCGAACGCUGGAGGAGAUAGAGGACUACUUCAGGCGCCGUUCACCAAGUAGACCAUGAUGUCUUCUGAGUCAAGAAACUUGUUUGCCGUGGAAAAGAAAAAGAUACUUUCAGUGUUCAAUUAAGCUACUGGUGACAUAUUAUCUAAGAGUCUGACUUCCUCGUUCUUGUAAGAAUUGGAACCAGAAAUAAUGGACGGGAAGUACUUGUUCCAGAACAAUGGUGGAACACAGAAGCAACCUCACAAGAUGCUACUAAAACAAUAGUGCUCCAUAUUUAUGUGUUUGACUGCUGUGACUUUUAGGUUUGAUCACACAAUACCAUGUUUUAUGUUGACUUUCUUUUAGGUUUGAUCACACAAUACCAUGUUUUAUGUUGACUUUCUUUUAGGUUUGAUCACACGAUACCAUGUUUUAUGUUGACUUCCAUAGACAUUCAUUUGCAAGGUGAUGUAUAAAUGAUCCAAAUAUUAUUCAGCAGACAAUGUUUCUUGUUUUUCGCCAAGUCAUAAAAGUUUUACUGUUGUUAAAAUUUUACUGCUAAAUAUGAGCCACAAUGAAAAAGAUAAUUGACUGAAUGGUAAACUA